AAGUCAGUGCACUCUCCUUGAACGCAAGACCCAGAAGUUCAUGUCACUGAAAGUUAAGGGACUACUGGCGCAAAAGUGCAAGGAGGGCCUUGAUGAAGAGUGGAACAUAUUUUGUGCUAAAGUAGAAUGUCUGUACAGCACAUGCUUACAAUAUUUGGAGAUGUCGAUGGCACCCCUGGAAGAGCUCUCUUGUCUCAUGUGGAUUGCCCUGAGUGAGAUGCCAAAUUGGAAUGAUGUGGAAUCUUAUGUCAAAUACCUGACAUAGAAGGGGGCGCAAAUUGAUGACAAGUGCUUGGUCAGUUCAGCAAUCUCAAGAAGUUUGCUAGCACACAAAUGAACCGAGUAUUUCAACAGGUCCAAAAAACACUGAAUGUCACUCAGAACUGUUAAAGAUCACGCAGUUCUUCUUUGCUGUUCCCUCUCACAAUGCAAAUGUAGAGCAAAUCUUUUCACUGAUGCAAAGCCAGUGGAAAAAGGAAAGGAACAACUUGACUGAAUGGUUUUUAUGCACUCGGCAGUGUUGGAUGAGCAUGGGAAAUACCACCUGAAAUGGAGAUUUGAUGAAAAAACCAUCACAUUUGAGACGGAAGUUGAGACCAAAGGAUAUGUUGGGUUUGGAUUAUCUCCCACCGGACGAAUGGCGUUUUCUGAUAUUGUAAUAGGGGGGGUUGAAAAAGGUCAACCCUAUUUACAGGAUUAUUUUGCAGACAUGAAUAGAGAAGUCUUGAGAGAUUACCAUCAGAAUUAUCGCCUGGAGUAUGCAAUGGAAAACAGCACACACACCAUCCUAGGUUUCAGCAGAGAUCUCCACACGUGUGAUAUAAAUGACAAACCUAUUACGGAAAGUACAAUAAGAGUGAUUUGGGCCUAUCACUCUGAAGAUUUUGGACAUCCUGGGCCCAAAUACCAUGGGUUAAAUCGUGGAACGAAAAGUCUGCGGUUACUUAACCCAGAAAGUCACACAGUCACAAACUCUGGGACUGCUUUCUUUGACAUAAGACAUAAUAACGUGCCAGUGCCUUUUAAAGAUACAACAUAUUGGUGCAAAAUGUUUAAGAUUCCAGAAGUGGAUAGAAAACAUCACAUCAUAAAGAUUGAACCUCUGAUUCAGAAAGGCCAUGAAAAUGUGGUCCAUCACAUGUUGCUGUAUCAGUGUGAUAGCAAUUUAAAUGACACUGAUCUUGAGAUGGGUCAUGAGUGUUUCCAUCCCAACAUGCCAGAUUCAUAUUUUACAUGUGAAAGUGUUAUUUUUGCUUGGGCAGUAGGAGGGGAGGGUUUCACAUACCCACCUCAUGUUGGUGUUUCUAUUGGUAUGACACUCGAUCCUGUGUAUAUUUUGAUGGAAAUGCACUAUGAUAACCCAACAAAUCAAGAAGGUUUAAUAGACAGCUCAGGCCUCCGACUGUUCUAUACCCCCGUGCUGAGGGAAUAUGAUGCCGGUGUGAUUGAGACUGGAGUCUGGAUCAGUCUGUUCCAUAUAAUCCCACCAGGUUUACCUGAAUACAUUUCAGAAGGGCAUUGCACUACAGGGUGUCUCCAGGAGGCCUUGGAACAUGAGAUGCCAUCAGGAAUUCAUGUGUUUGCUGUUCUCCUUCACUCACACCUUGCUGGACAAUCACUGAAAACUAGACAUUUCAGAAAUGGGGAUGAACAGCAGCCGCUGGCUUAUGACAAUGAGUAUGACUUCAACUUCCAGGAACUACAAUACCUGAAAGAAGAAAGAACACUACUGCCUGGAGAUCAUUUGGUGACUGAAUGCAAGUAUAACACCAUAGAUCGCACAAAUGUGACGUUGGGUGGUUUAAGUACCAGAGAUGAAAUGUGUCUCUCCUAUUUACUUUACUAUCCGAGAAUUAAUCUAACCCGAUGUGAAAGCCUUCCAGUUAUAAGCAAACAGCUACAAUUUAUUGGAGUAAAAGAAAUUUAUGAACCAGUCACUACCUGGCCAUUUAUAAUCAAAAGCCCUAAGAAGUACAACAAUCUUUCCUUCAUCGAAGCCAUGGACAAAUUCAGGUGGUCCAAGAAAAAGGGGAAUGCCUUUAAUGACCUUGUACGUCAACUACCAAUGAAUGUGAGAUGUUCCAAGCAUGGUGAAGAAAAUUGGUUGGUUCACGGCUUGGCUGUGUCUCCGCCCGAAGUAAAGCAAACUGGUGAACCCCAACUUACCACCUGCAACAGAGCAUCACCACUGCACUUGAGUUCAAUGAUGCCUCUCUUUCCAGUCAUAUGUGCUGCAUACAGUACAAUCAGGAUCAGGUGGCUAAUGUGCCUGUAAACAUGUUGAAUAAAGAUUUAUCUGGAGAACACCAACAUCUUCUAGACAUUAUGUAAUAGUAUUCAGUGUGUUGCAGGUUCCAAGAGAUAUAAUGCAAUAUAGUGUAUAUUAAGCAGGAUUUUUUCAUUUACAGUUGCCAUUAUAAGCUUGAAGGGUGAAUAAAAGCAACAGCACAUCCUUGAAAACAAAUGUAGGGACAUUUUCUGGAUACCCCUUGAUCAUCAUGCCAAUUCUGUCAUAUGAUUUGUAUGCAAUAUAUGUGUUUACAUUGCAUUCUAACAUUCUAGUUACAGAUAAGUAAAUAAAUGUACUUUUAUUAUUAA